AUGGGUCGUCAGUCGCGGAGGCGGCCACCGGCAUGCUCGCUUUGCCGGAUCCGAAAGCUGCGGUGCAAUCGCGGGUCUCCCUGCUCCAACUGCUCGAUCCGUGGAAUCCCUUGCAACGUCGAUGGAGCAGCUCCCGUUCAAGGCAUUGGGAUUCAGGGCGUCAGUGAAGCUGUUCUGACGGGUGGGUCGCAGGAAGCUCUCAAUCGGAACCACUUGGCUCCCUCAUUGCUGCUGUCUUCUCAGCUCCAGCUUGUCACAGCAGACGUGCUCGGCAUUGAGAAUAACUGCUCAAGCCAGAAAGUAUUAGAUUCGUUAGCCCCUGCUCCCAUCACUUUUCGCAUUCGCUCUAUCCGUGCCAUCACCAGUCCUUCGUUCUUUGUUCUGGAUCCUGCAAGCUCUCCUCCAUUGACUGAAGAUGUUAAAGUCAAUAAGUGCAUAUGCCUGCCUUUGAGAGGAGACGCUCAUGUUCUUCUGGACAAAUUUAUCAGAGAUGUCCUUCAUUUUCAUUACAUAUUCCAUAAACCUUCUCUACCCUCUGUGGUAGAUCGAUUCUAUGAUGCCGUGGAGCAUGGCCGAGUUGUUGAUAUCGGUCAAUUGAUGAUCAUGCUGGCGAUUUGCUGCAGCAGCACACACACGUGGACUCGAUAUGAUAAUAACAAGGGCCUUUUCAACCGCCCAGAAGACGCCAACUCACAGACUGCAGGGUGGCUUACGACGGCCCUCGACGUCAUUCAUCAUGCUCAUCUAGCAGCGCAUGCAUCCAUGGCAUGUGUACAAGGCAUUAUUGUUGUCUUCUUUAUGAUAUGCAGUUUGGAGGGCAUUUCAGCUCGUGCCCGACUGCUUCACGCCCAAGCAGUCGCAAUGGCCCAGGAGAUUGGGCUCAAUUUUAUCGACUCUCCAACCAACAAUAGUCAUUCCGUCAAAAUAAAAAAGUCCACUAUUCAAGCUGAAAUCGGCCGUAGGAUAUGGUGGUAUCUUACAGACACCGACUGGAUGCUCUCUAGAUUAUCAGUUCCUCAACAAGGGGCAUAUACAAUAUUACCUAGCCAAAUGGCAGUACGAAAGCCUUGCAAUGCAAAUGACGAAGACAUUAUCGAGGGUCAAGAAAUUAUUGACCGUCCACCAGAAGAGGCCACAUCUGUGUCGUAUCUUCUUCAACGAACUCGUCUUGCCGAGCUCUUCUAUAGCCUCGGUGGCCACGAGAAGCCCAUGAAUUGGAACCCGGAAGAAGCAGACUACGGGAAGAUCAUGGAGGCAGAUAUGAAGCUGCGACAAUUUAUGCGAGAAUUGCCGUCAUUCUUCCGCCUUGAAAAAAGCGGGAGCCUUUCCAAGCUGCCACCGUCGGAUAUCCGGCGUUCGUCGGACAUUACGAUCCAGCGAUACAUGCUCAAUAUGAUAUUCUAUGGUCAGAUCUGCAAAUUGCACUUACCAUAUCUUGCUCAAGGAACAAUAAACCCCGGCUUUGCGUAUUCGCACGACUCUUGCUUGAAAGCGGCACAGCGCAUCAUCUACAUCGAGCACAGAAUGAGAGCUGAAAACUCGACAUUCGUCCUAUUUCGCCAGCGUAUGAACGUAAAGUUCCGAAGCAUCUUCAUUGCUUGCGUUGUGUUUGUGCUGGAUGGGUGCUUAGCCAACAAUCCCGAAGGCAGUACAACAGGGGGAGAUGCGACAAUGACUGACGCAUGGAGGAUUUUAUACGAAGCAAAAGGACAGUCGCCAUUGGCAUCUGAAUUGUUGCAUCUAUCAGUUCAGAUAUUGAGAAAGUACAGAGCAUCACAUCCGGCCCUGGAAGCUUUGAAAAAGGAGAAUUGCAGGAGAGACCCUACGAUUCUAAGUCAAAACGGCCCCGUGGAUAUAGCAACAACGGAGAGCAGCAACAUGGCGAUCGAUCGGGAGCCCAGGAGGGUAGAUAUUGACCCAGACACCAUUGAUCUGGAUAAAUUGUGGGAGACACUCCAAGGUCGUGGAAGGGAUUGGAAUAACCUCUUCUGGAGUCUAGGCCCUCCCCUGAUAUAG